CCCCAGACCAACCGUUCCCGACCCUCCGGAUCUCGUCUGAAUAAGGCUGUGGAUGCGGCACUGUGACACGCGCUCCCCGCUCUUCGCGUUCAGCAAUUGAAGGACACCGAGGGUAACACGGCACAGUCGGAAAUCAUGACGACGGCGGCAGUGAAGCGGGCGUGCGAUGCCUGCCAUCGGCGCAAGGUGAAAUGCGACGGAAUCACGCCCUGCCGCAAUUGCUCGGCCUCCCAGCUGGCCUGCACCUACAAUGCGGUCCCGCAGAAGAAGGGUCCGAAGGGGUCCCGAGCCAAGGUCAUCAACGAACUGAAGGAGACGCAACGCCAAACCAGCCUAUCGGCCAAGUUGCAGGGCGGCAUGAACGGCGGCGCGUCGAGCCCGACUCUCGCUCCGACCCCGAGGCUUUUGACCAAGGAGACCCUCAAGGCCUGCAUCGACUUCUUCUUUGCCCACAUGCAACCCACUCUCCCGAUUCUCGACCGCCAGCGCCUCGAGCAGGAUGCCAUGUACAUGGACCAGAAUCUCGACACCUACUGCCUCCUGACGUCGCUCUGCUCGUUUGUCUGCCUUCAACCGGGCAUGGUGAUGCCCGGCGCGGGAAUGAACGACCCCUUCAGCCCGGACAUGAUGAUUGGCAACAACAUCGUCACUAGCACGCUUCUAAUGGAGGAGACGAUCCGCGUUCGCAAGGGUUACGACUACCAGUCUUCCCAGACCGUCAACAACCUCUGCACGAGCUACUUUUUGUUUGCGGUACACCACGGCCUGGACCUGCACGACAAGGCGUGGUUCCAUUUGCGCGAGGCUGCUACCCUGGCGUGCAUCGCCAAGAUGACCGAGGAACAAGCGUAUCUGCAGUACGACAGCAUUGAUGCAUCACGGCGCAGGCGCUUGUACUGGCUCCUUUUCGUCAACGAACGUGCUUACGGACUGCACCACGGUCGCCCUUUGACACUCAAAGCCAGCAUCAACACACCAACCCCGCAAGAACACCCCGCCGAUCCCUUGAUGGGUCAGGGCACAAGUUCUUUGCGCAUGAUCAGCCUGUUUCGAGGUUUCGACGACGCCUUGACCCAACUUUGGAACAGGUCAAGGAACGAGUGCUCCGAUGAGUAUCUCGCAACCCUCGACAGGCAGCUUCAAGAGGUCCGAUCUCCGUACGCAAAUGACACACAGGCUCAGCUCGGCGAAAUGUCGAUGAUCCAGCAAUGGUUGAAGCACAAGGCCUGGGGGCUGGGCGUAGCGAACGGCAACAUAAACAACGCCGAGGCUUCCUAUAUGGAUGGCAACCAUGACCUUCUCCCCAUGGUGUCUCACUUCCACGGCAGCCCGGGCUUGCAGGGCCUCAGCUUGUGCGAGCACCUGUUCAACGUCACCUGCGAGGUGACCGAUAUCCUCGCCCUCCUUCCAGCGCCUCGCACACCCUUCACGCCCGGACCUCGGGAUGAGCUCUGCAAGAUUUUGAGCAUCGUAACGGUUAUCCGUAACGGCGAUUACCGAUUCCUCCCGCUGCUGCUGAGCAAGGUCGCCUUGGCUCUUCCGAAACUAGCCAACCCAAUGCUUCAAAACGCCCCCGAGAGUGCGGCCCCUUGCAACAUGGACAUAUUUGACGGGUUCGGCAGCAGCAGCAUGUGCCCGCCCCCAAUGUAUUCCUCGGGAGAUAUCGACAACAAAUAUGCCGUCCCACGUUUCGAUGACAUGAACUCGGAUUCCAACAGCCCCAACGGCGGGCCUUCUUCGAGCAGCAACGACAUGAACUCGCCAUUUGCCAGCUCUCCAGCGAUCAUGUCCCCUAGUGUGGAGUUGCCUCAUAGACUGCAAACCGACUUCACUUCCAUGCCCGAGAUGGUCAUGAGCCCGGUAGGCCACGCGCCCCCCUCGUCGUUCGGCACGCCGGGAGGGAUGAACCAGCAGCAACCACAGCACUCUCAACACGGGCCGUUGUCCCCGUUUCCAAAUUCGAACCCUCAGAUGCAAGGUCUAAAUGCCAACAACAUCAACCCGCCGCCCAACAUAGGCCUCGCCUCCCAAAUGCACCUCGGUCAGGGCCUCGGCGGUGGGAUAAAUAGCGGCCUGGGACAAGGAGUCAACAACAAUAAUCUGAUGUCCAGAGCGCCGGUCCCACAACGAGCGAAUAGUUUCGCCGUGAACGCGCCCCCAAUACGAACGGUCGGCGACUUUCAAGCACUUCAAAGAUCCAAUACGGACAUGAACCACCCCAUGGGCUCGCUUGGGAUGAGUCCGUUAGGGCCCGACCUGAACUUCAACACACUGACAGGGUAGUAACGCCGGAUUGGCGAGCGUUGCCAGAGCGAAGCGGAGGUGCCUAGCGAGCAAGCCUGUCCGUACACAUCUGUGGCUCGUUAGGCCCUCGGUGUUCACUUAUUAUUUCUUUUGUCGGCUUCAAAAGGUCUGUCAGCAAGCAUUCAGCAUCUGUUAUUGGAGUAUCUCUUUCCUAUCUAUCCCCUUGCUUAUUUAUCACUCGUCGGAGGGAAGGGGGGGGGU